UCCGAGGGGCAGUAUGAGGCCUCCCUGCGCUGGAUCACAAGGAGGACGGAAGCCUUAAUGAAACACUUGAAACGCAACGGCGUUAAGCUGUUACUGUCGAGUGUGAAGCAAGAGGAAGUAGUGAUCUACUAUGCAAAAUUAUACGGUGUGUCUGUUGUAGAGUGCUUGUCCUCGGAAGAAAUGGCCCUUAUCUGUGAAAUCACAGGAGUCUCACCUUACUCACCUUUUGGUGAUAACAUACAUGGAGAAGUCACGGAAACCACAGUGGCAACGUUUUGCCAGCCCUUGCUGCUCGGCUCAAAGAGAUGCGUUCACAUUGGCUUCACCAGUGUGGGCGCUUUUCAGCCCCAUUACCUGGUUCUUUGUGGCCCGGUCGAUGGUGUUAAUGAGCAACAUGCUGCUGCUUUACAAGGGGCGUUUAUGAUGCUGCAGCAGCUGUUUAAAACAGUUGAUCAGAGGGAGGCAUGCAAAGCAGAAGGUGAUAGCCAGAACGAAGCCCCAGAUGUUUGCAGUUGGCAUUCUUCAGCCACCCAGAAGCAACUUGUAAUAGAAAAUAUUUCUUGUAACGGUAAUCAGGUUUCUGAAUGUCAGCUGAAAGCACGUAGGCAUGAAACAGAGACACGAAUUGUAGACCCUGGUUUUCAGGGAAGCGAAAAUCCAGCAUGUGUGCAAACAGACUUGCAAAUACACUCAAAUCCCACCUCGCCCAUCAAAGAAUUCAGUGUUGCCACUGAAGGGGAUGGCUCUCUGAGAGAGGUACAGAAACCACACACAAAAUGCGAUCGCCUGGGUGACGCCUGUGAGAGGCACAAAAGUCAUUCACUUGCAGACGAUCAAAAGACCUACAGUGCUGGUGCUGAUACGGUCACUGCAUGUGAACGCCUAGAUAUUGGCAAAGAUCUGGAGAAAACAAGUUGCAAUACAGUUCUGUUUAAACAUGAAAAGGGUUGUGCAAGUAUUGCACAGAAUUAUUCCAACUGCCUCAUAGAAGCAGGAUCAGUUUUGCCAGUAGGAGGUUACUUUGAAAUCCUUCUACAUUAUUAUAUUCAGAACUAUGCGAAACAGUGUCAGCAGUCAGAGGUAACUGUCAUAGCUAACGUAGUUGCUGAUGCUUUGCUGAGUGUUCCCAAGGCCUUGUACGGGACCGCCAACCAAAACAGCUUUCCCAAAUUCUAUCUCAGAGCCAUAAAUGCACUUAGAAAAAAUCAGCCACUGCCUGUGACCGAGAAAGGUUUAGAGUCGGUGUAUUGCAAAUACCAGUUGGUCGUUUCAGUUCUUCAUUGUGUUACAGAGCUGCUCUCCAUUGAUUUAAUACUCAGCAUUAAGCGGCCACCGCGAAAAAUUGAGGAUUAUGACUCAGAAGAUGACUUCUGA